AUGAUCGGUUGCCAGUGGAAAGCAACCGAUCACCUUUCCUUAGUUCUUCAACUACAGAGAACCUGCUUCAAAAUGACUGAAGGCACAGAGCCUACAUAUCAGCUUAUAGAAUGGAAGAACCGUGGUAAACCUCAAGUACAACAUGAAGCAGAUCUUAAAGACAAAGGGAAAUACCCCAUCAAUAAUUAUAUAUCUCUCAGCAGAUUAUCAGAGUCACUUGUGCACUAUGUGAAGCAGUUGGCUGACAUAUAUGCCCCCAAUAGUGUAACUGAAGCACUAGAAGACCCAAAAUGGAAAGAAGCUAUGAAUGAAGAAAUGCGAGCCCUCCAAAAGAAUGUCACAUGGGAACUCAUGCCCUUACCUCAUGGAAAGAAGACAGUAGGAAGCAGGUGGAUUUAUACUAUGAAACUCAAAGUAGAUGGAUCAGUUGAAAGAUAUAAAGCUAGAUUGGUGGCGAAAGGGUACACACAGAGAUAUGGGAUAGACUACGAGGAGACUUUUGCCCCAGUAGCAAAGAUUAACACUAUUAGAGUCCUAUUGUCUCCAGCAGAAAAUCUCGAUUGGCCACUACAUCAGUUUGAUGUCAAAAAUGCAUUCUUACAUGGAGACUUGGAAGAAGAAGUAUAUAUAGAUUUACCCCCAAGAUGUAAUUCAGCUCCUGACAAGAAAAAUUAA